AUGGUGGUAGGUUGUCGAGCUGGCUCUCAAUGUCCGUACAGACACGUUCAGAGCAAGGGAAAAGCCCCAUCCACGGAUCAGACGCCUGGCCGGCAGCAGGCCCAACACAGAGCAGACUUUUCAGUUGGAAACGAACCGCAGGCUCUUCCUCAUCCAGCUAGAAUCUCCGUUUCUCGACGAAGUCCGAGUCAGAAGCCGGUCUCGCAGCUCCAGCAAUCCAAUCCGCGUGAAUUCCAGCUAGGUCAAGUGCUCAAGAGAUUCAGUCCGGCCCGCAGCGAGACGCAAGACGGAACCCUCCUGACAUUCUCUCUGGCUCCGUCGGAUCCGGAUUUCCCCUUCGAAUUGCAGGGAGGACUGCGAUGCAGCCUGACUGUUCCGGCCGGCUACCCGCAACAUGGCAAGCCGACGAUCCGAAUCACCAAUGCUGAGAUGGCACGAGGCUUCCAGAUCAAUGUGGAAAAUGGUUUCGACAGCCUUGUCGCGAGCUCGCCGCAGAAGACACUCUUAGCGCUGUUGAACGACUUGGACAGAAAUUUAGAGAAAUUCCUGACGACAGAAAAGGCACAGACCGUCAAGAUCAUUGCCAAUGCGGACAAGAGAACUGAAGGUUCCCACCCAAUACCAGAACCAACUCGGCAUCGAUCUCCUUCUCCGGUAUCCGUUGCCCUGGUGUCCCCAACGUGGACACCGCAGCAGAAGUCUGAUGCUCUGGCUAAGAGACAAGCUGAUGUUCGGCAACUCGAGGCUCGCAUGAGCCGGAUGCCCAACUUCUCCAAAUCGCCUGACGGGACAGCUUUCAAUGUACCCGUACAAUUACCCAAGGCAGCCAGACUCCCUUCCAGCCUUCAGUCGCUGAAAGAGGUCACUUUGUUGGUGCCAAAGCUUUACAACCUGGAGCCAUGCACAGUGUUGUUGAAGGGUGUUAGUGGACCAGAAGUGGAGAAAGUCCAACUCGCCUUCGAAAGGCAUGCUCGAGGUAAAAGGGACAUGACCCUCAUGGCACAUGUCAAUUAUCUGACGCAAAAUAUGUACUCAAUGGUCUCGGAGAUGGCAGAGAUUGCGGAGUCUUCCGAAACCCAUGUCCAAACCGAGCAAUCUGCCAUCGAGGAGCCAAAGCCUGAAGUAUUGCUGGGUAACGAAUUGGAACCAAGGCGAGAAUACUUAGAGGAGGAACGCCCACACGUGAAGUACAUUCCUCGUCCACCGGAAUGGGAUCACCACGAUUCAGAGGACGAAACUGAGGGGUCUUCAUAUGAUUCAGACGACUAUUCUGACGCUGAUGAGUAUGAAGACGAACGUGAAGAUGAGGAUGAUGAUGGAGACGAUGAACAAGGCGGCGCUUCACUUCCAGCACCAGCAGUAUCAACCUCAACCGACAAAGGCAUUCAUCUUUCCUUCCCCCAUCUGGAGCUCCACAACAUCGAGCUCCUAACUCUCGUCUCCCUGUCCCUUUCAGUCAAGUGUCUACGCUGCAAAACGCCCUCAGAUGUCUCCAAGAUCAAAGCCAGCAGUAAGGGCGAGGACGCCGGUCCCAUCGCCUCUAGCACCCGCACAGAAUCCUGCCCAAAAUGUUCAACUUCAUUCACCUUCCUUUACGUGCCCAAUACACUGCACGCUAACACCAUCCGCGCCGGCACGAUCGAAGCGACAGGCUGCACCAUCACGGACAUGCUUCCGUCCGUCUUCCAACCGACUUGCUCGUCUUGCUCGACAGCAUUCCCGGUCCCGCCUGGAGUGGUCUCCGUGCGCGGCGACACUCCCAUCCAAGUAUGCCGCUCGUGCCACGCGAAGAUGACGUUCACGAUCCACGAGGUCAAAUUCCUGCGCGUGUCACACACGCUCGCGGCCCUGCCACUGCGUCGUCCGAGGAAAGAAAAUCUAGGUAUCUCCGCCGGCACCCCUCUCCCCAGCAACGGCACUUGUCCCCACUACCGCCAUUCGUACCGAUGGUUCCGCUUCUCUUGCUGUAAUCGCGUGUACGCGUGUGAUCGGUGCCACGACGCCGCCGAGGCUCACGUCAACGAACGCGCCGAAAGGAUGGUGUGCGGGUGGUGUUCUCGCGAGCAGCGCUUCCGUCGUGACGACUGUGGCCUGUGUGGCAGGAGCGUGACCAGGCAGAGAAAGGUCGGUGGGUUCUGGGAAGGCGGCCAGGGCACGAGGGAGAGGCGGCUGAUGAGCAGGAAAGAAAAGAGGAAAUAUAAGCGGCCGAGCGCAAAGGCAGGGGCUGCCGCACAGGGUACGAAGCAUAUCAAGAAGGAUGGAUGA